AUGGUCGAAGCCCCUGAACUCGCCGUACGAGCUUUUCCAUCCCUUUUGAGUAUGGAGUCAAAAAUAUUUCCGUGCCAGUAUGGGUCGUUCCGCGAUUGCGAUGAGACGUUCCAGACACAAGCGGAGGCCUCGACCCAUCUGAUAAUAUUCCAUAAUGCAGACCCGGUCCAUCGAAAUGAAGAAGGGCGAUAUCUUUGCCACUAUUCCCAGGGUUCUGGAACAGCCGUUUGUCAAGAAACUUUUCUGACAGUGACAGCUACUGUUGAACAUCUCGACAUGCGAUAUCCAUGUCCGAGAAAAAAAGAUCUAGGAUGCGAUGCAGACUUUAGCCGAGAGGGGGAUGCUAAGUUACAUGCUAGGGAGAAGCAUGAUAAUCAGCGCAAGGUCUUUCCAUGUCCGAAAAAACAGGAGUUGGGCUGUGAAGAAACGUUUCGCCGCAAGUGCUUGGCAGAACGUCACGCCAAGCAGAAACAUGGAUCUGAAGACGCAGAGGAUGACGGAAUGUUCCCAUGUCCUUUGAAGGAGGAACUAAACUGCCCAAAGACCUAUACGGACCAGACCGGCGCGGACAAACACUCCAUGAAGGCGCACAAGGGGCAUCGAUACCCAUGCCCUUCCAAAGCUUGUGAUGAGGACUUCUCUGCACCAGUAGAUGCAAGGAAGCAUGGAAAGAGUCAUGGAAUGAGCAACUUGUAUCCCUGCCCCGCUCCCGAGGGAGACAAAUGCUCAAUGAUGUUUCCUACGUUUGAUGAGGCACAAAGACAUCUGUCAAACAGAGAUCACAACAAAAGUGUUGUGUGCCAGUAUUGCAGCGAGACGUUCUACGACGUUAAAUCGAGAGGAAGGCAUGGGGAACUUCAUACACACCCGUUUCCCUGCCCCUAUUCAUGGUGCGAGCGAAGGUUCAAAACCUGCCAUGAAGCGUUGAAACACGCGGAAAGGCAAGUGCACAACUCAGUCGGAGUCUUUUACAUGUGUAAUGCCCCAGACUGCCGCACGGCCGCGAUGGGACAUGUAAUGAAGCCGAGCAAGCUGAAAGAUCAUUGGGAAAACCACGCAAGACUUGAACAUGUCCCUGCUAAUUCGGAGCCGUCGUAUGAACGCGGAGAACCGCGACCGUUCAAGAGUUCUCCGCUCUAUGAAGCUAUUUACGAAGUCAAUUCGCUGGCUUCUUUUGAAUCUUUCAACCGUGGCAAAGAUAACGGAGUGCACCCCACGAUGACUACCGAUCCAGAUGUCGAGAACACAGAAGGCGAUGGCCUCGACCUGAUGGAAGAGGACAAUGAACUCGAUUUGAUGGAAGAGAGCUCUACCUCAUUCGAACAAGAUUACGACUUGGGAUUACUACAAGAGAACUCCAGCGAGUAUUUUUCACAGAAGCAGCGCGGCGAAAUGUUGGCCCAGAAUACGCAAUUCUGGGAGAACCACAAGCACCAAAAAGUCUAUUUACAUGCAAGAGGACGUACGUGUCUUGGGCCUGGUAUCAACACACAAUACAUUGUCACAAAACCAUGCCCGUUCGGUGCGACUAUCGAUUUUGACACAGCUCGUUUAAGACAGACGAGGCGCGAGAAUGGAUCCAAGGAUAUUGUGCUCGAUACCACAUGCGCAGUAUGUUCUGCUGAGAAGAGAGAAUCCAUUAUAUUGCGGACGUUUCAGUCGUCUAGCAAGCGAAACGUUGACAUGGACUUGCUAAGAGAAAUCUUUGGGCGCACAUUGCAUAAGAGAUGGAGUGCUCAGCCAUCUUACGAACGAGUCAAGCAACGACUCGAAGAGAUCAGAAAAGGGAACCAACCAGACAUCAAACCGCUCAUCCUAGAUACAGAAUACACCAUAGCUGGUCAGCAGCUAAUGGAGUUCUCCUUCAUCGAUUUCGACUCUGGAGACGUGCUUAUCAACACUCUUGUUGAACACUCGCAAGGUAUUAGACAUAUUGACUUCUCCAGAGAUCCCUCUACUCGAAGAGGCUCCUGA